AUGGCUCUUAGUAUGCUAAGGAGGUCCAGGGGUAAUCCGAAAAGGAUUGAAUCAUCACCAGAUCAGACGGGUCUUUUCUCUACAUUUAGUUCUUCCAGGAGUGUCAAGUCACAUAAUGCUUCUCAAUCUUUAGCUAGUUUUUCACCUGCCGUUGCAACAUUUUAUGGGGAUCCCCAUGGAGCAGGCAGCACUGGAGGAGCUUGUGGAUAUGAAGAUGCUGUGGAGAAGCCACCUUUCUUAUCUAGAGUUUCUGCUGGAAAUGAAGCUUCAUUUAAGCAGGGCAAAGGCUGUGGAAGUUGCUAUUUGUCAUCACUGAUCAGUGCGGCGGUUCCUGCGGCGGUGAAUGGCGAUCCUGUUCAUUUUGAUCCAAGUGGAACUGCUUUAGGGGCUUUGGCAAAGCGUUGCCAAGCCGAUCAAUUGCGCAGCGCUGGCAGGAUCAAUAUUCUUUAUCAAAGGAUAAUUAGUGCUUCCUUUUUAUGUUAA